CUCUCCAUCUCCAUCAUGGCCGGCAAACACAAAAAAUACGAGUAAGAUUCACCUUGGCAAAAUAAUGCUAGACCUGGAGGUGGUCAGGGAGAUCUACGACUCGGAGAACUCGCACGAAUACUUUGAGCAGCAGCUGGACCUUUUGCUGGAGGCUGGCGUCAAGUACAUUGUAAUCGAGCCCAAAAGGCUGGGCGACGAGACAGCCAGGUGGCUCUCGGUCGGAAACAUUCUGCACAAAUUAUCCCUCAACCUCGGCCUCGGAGCAAUUAUUGCAGGUGUUCUUUGGCCGGACAGGCCAGUCGUCUGCGUGCCCCUAGCCUCGCUGUCCCUGUUGUCCACCAGUCUGUACACCGUUUCGUGGCACUUUGACCCCUGUUGCCAGUACCAGGUUGAGAAGGACAAGAACAUCCUGUUCGACAUCAACCAACGAUACCCGAUCUACGAGUGGAGCAGACAAAACCUCCUGGGCCCAGUAAAAGUUCUAGUUCGAAGAGAAGCGUUGCAGAGACAGAGGCAGUUUGUCCACUGGACCGUGUGUCUGGCGGCGGUUGCCUUUUCCGGUUUUAGACUGUAUAAAGCCCUCAGUGGAUGCUGCUAAUAUUAAGAUGUACUAGGACUGCCCGCAGACAAAUUAUACGCUUAACUUUUAGAUAGGAAAUCAAAUUCGUAAGCCUACCGCACCGAGCCAAUCAAUUAUCUCUAGAGGUCGGUAGGCGUCAAAUUUUUUACUUAGGCCACAAUUUUAUUAUUGCUGAUUUUUUUAAAAUGAACUUUUCCCUUAGGCACAAUUGUGUGCCAGCAUUAAAUUUAUUAUGUAACUCUCUAUUGGCAUUACCAUAAUAGUUUCCUACUAAUUAUUUCUGCGCAAUUAUAUAAUGAGGUUAUUUUGUGGCCAUUCUGCUAUUGUAAAUAGUGCAAAGUACUGUUGUUCUAGCUUUUAAGAUUUAACUUUGAGUUGAGGCAAUUAUUUUUAUGACGAAUAAAGAAGAUCACUUGGCGAAGCAAAGUGUGAAUAUUCAUUACGA